AUGUGGUUAGUGCGUUGCACAGCACCAUUAAAUUGUAUUUAUUUUGGUUAUCCUGUCGGUGCUUUACUGUCUAUUAUUAUUGUUCGAUUAUUUCGUCCAGAUGAUCUUUUUAUUGAUGAAAAUGACAUUAAAUAUUCAAAUUCUACAAUAAUUAUGAAAGAAAAUUAUUUUCAAUCAGAAUUAGUUGGAGCAUAUACAAUGACAUCAAUAUUUUGUUUAAUUUCUUCAAUAGGAUUUGCUUUGAUAGCUUAUAAACAAAAUCAAUGCAAAAAGAAAGGAAAUUCAAAAAAGCUAGUCACUCUACCAUCGGAUAUACACGAAAAAAUAAAUAUUCGAUCGAAAUCUAAAAGAUCAUUAAAUAAAUCAAAAUUGUGGAAAACUUUUAGUCCAACAACAUGUGGACAAGGUUAUAUAGCUUACGGAUUUAUAUUAAUAUCUCUCAUAUCAUUAUUUGUUCUUUUCUUUGGUGGAGUUGAACAAGGUUUUACCAAAUUCUUUAUUUCAUUUGUUGAACAUGAACAUAUAAAUCCAAAUAGAAAAGAUUCUAUUUAUUCGAUGAUUUUUUAUUGGCUACCGAUGUUAAUUGGACGAAUAUUUACAACUAUUUUAACUGUUUCAUGGAUAAGUCCAUAUAUUAUGUUGACAAUAUCAUUAUGUUUGUGUUUAUUAACAUAUUUAUUAUGGAUUUUAUUUAUUUGGUAUUUCGGCUUAAAUCGUAUAUCUCUAUUUCUAUUAGUAACAGCGAAUGGUUUAUCAAUAUCGCCAAUAUCUCCAACGUUGAUUGGUUGGAUAAAACAAUUUUUACAAUUGACGCCGAUUGAAUUAUCAUUCAUAUUAUCAUCAAAUGCAAUUGGUGGAAUUACAUUUGGACUUAUUUCAGGUUUCAUAUUUCAAUAUUACGGUUCAAAACAUUUAUUUACUAUGUUGAUUAUUUUGAUAUCUAUCAUGUUUAUUUUAUUUAUGUUGACUUUAUUUUUGCAACGCUUUCAUUCGAAACAAGAAAAAAUAAGUCAAACAAAUAAAAUAAUUAAUGAAGAAGAUUAUAUAUUGGAAACAUUUCUUGAACAUGAUCAAUAUAACUAG